AUGGAUUUUGGACACAAACACACGUGGAAUCAAUUGACACACAUUUACCACACUUUCACACAUGAUAUCAAGUCAUUCAACACAUCACUCGAUGCACAUCCAGUGCCCGAAGACAUCACAUUCAGUGAUGACAACAAACACAGUGUCCGACAACUCAUACAAACAGAGGACACAAGAAGUGAAUCAAAUGUUUCAAAGAAGACAUUGAAUGGCAAUAAAGCGAAGACAACAACAAAACGGUUGAGUGAAUGGUUGAACAAAAAGGAUGAAUCGGACGAUAAUUCCGACCACAAAUGGGAACAAACUUUAAGUAAUGAAGAAAUGGAUGACAAAAGCGUUCAGAAAAGCGGAAAAAGUGGUGAAAACCUGAAGACAACUCCACUGAAGAGGAAAUAUAAAGACAGAUCGCGUGACGCGAAUGGAAAGCCCUUUAGAUCUAAACAUUUUAUGUGUGAAUACAUUGGAUGUGAGAAAACGUUUGGCGAAAGUGAAACACUUUUAGCACACAUUCGGGUCAAACAUACAAUGGAGCGGCCGUUCGGGUGUGACGUCUGCCACAAGACAUUCCCUACGGAAGGGUAUCUGCGGACGCAUCAGAAGAUCCAUACGGAGGACAGCCGACAGUACCGGUGCUCAUGGGUUGGCUGUGACUCCGCUUUUCGCACAAAACAGAUUCUCGUCGAUCACAUCAAAUCACACGAACAGCUGCGAGAAUACGGGUGCGAUGAAUGUGACCUACGAUUUAAUACCAAGAAAGAUCUGCAUAAACACAAGCUAAAACACUCGGAUGCUCGACCCUAUGUGUGUGAUUGGCCCGCGUGUGGGGCCGCGUAUAAGUACUUAUCGUUGAUAAUGCGCCACAAAGAGACACAUCUGGCAGUGAAACAGUAUGUCUGCGAUAGAGAGGGUUGUGGUAAAGGGUUUAUAACUAAACACUAUUUAUAUCAACACAAACGCCAACACUCUCUGCCAUUUGUGUGCAGUUGGCCCGCAUGUGACCGACGGUUUGGUAGCAAUGAUAAGCUCGUGGACCACAUGAACGCACAUCAGGGCCUCCGAGUGGUCGAGUGUCCGGUCGAGGGUUGCGAUAAGACAUUCACAUCCAAACCCUGUGCGCGACAACACUUAAGACAAGUCCACAAAUAUAAGACCACUGAAGGGCUCAUACCUAUCAAGAAAUAA